GUGCACAAUCUUCUCUUACAUUUAUGAAGGGACCAUCACAGCAACUCAACUUGGACAUGUGUUUGAGAAUGAUUGUCAUCAAGCAACAUCAGGACCAGGGUUACAAUAUGCCUGCUCACCCACGCAGGCCUGCAUGCCUACAAAGCAGUCUCAAAUAUGUCAAAGAAUGUCCUGCGUGCCCAUACAUUCUGGCAUAAAGGAUUCUGUGUGUCAAUUAUGAUGUCAACACUUUCAGCUAAGCACCAUUACCGAGCUCGAGCACUGAGCACUUCUGAGACCCGAAGUCUUGAGAAAGUGGCAAGAACAGUGAUACGGUGAGCCAUGUGACUCCUCAAGGAUCCACUUUCAGAAUCCUCAAAGUGAGCAUGCAGACAGCGGAACAUAUUUGAAGACCAGACAUCCACACAGAACCAAUUAGCAAGAUAUGGUAUUCACAGAAUAUAACCCAACAGCACACCAUGCAUGCACUGUGAAGCACACUGCCAACACUACCAACACAUUUAGUAUUCUUUGCAGUGAUGCAAAGUAUAAUAAAUGCCAAGUGAGCAUUCCGAUUGUCAUGACGCUGAGCACCUUGAGAGCUUCAAUGCCAUGCGGACCCG